CGACGUUCUCAGCAGCGACAACAGCUACGCCACCAACAGCGACCACAAGCAUCGGCAGACGACUGCCAACAUGGAGGAUGACCACGUUCUCGACUGGAGCGUUGAAGACGACGAACAACGCGAGCAAUACCCGCAGACUUCCGCGCAAGCGCCCGCGGCUGCACUCGACGAGGAGACCAUAUCGCUCGGUGGCGACGAAGAGGAUGAUGAUGAGGCGUACUACGCGCCCCAGACUACUGACGGCGAUGCACAGCAGACGCCGCGGGGCGCCGGAAGCCCCCCUGCGCGCGAUGCAGAGCCGGCGCUAAACGAAUCGGCGCGCUCAUUGACGCCGGUGGGGCGGGCGGAGGACCCUCCUCAGUCUCCCCGCGCAUCUAGUGUUCAUCCGCGUAGCUCACCUCCCCCCGACGACGCCUCGAAGGGCCUUCAGCCGCGCGUUCCACACGCGCUCCCGCCCAAACCUCAUGUGGCGCCGCCGAUUCCGUUCUCAACUCGCGUCACGCCACACCAUUCACAAGACGCGCCCGCCAGGUCCUCAAACAGGCGAGAGAGGAAGAUGGCGGGCAAUGGCUUUGUGGUGAGGACCAGGGAAGUGACAGAGGUUGCUUACACGGGUCCUCCCUUACCGCCAAACUGGCUGCCCAAAUGGUCGCGUACGAGUAAACAGUUCUAUUACUACAACGAAAUCACGGAGGAGAGCCGGUGGGAAUGUCCCCCAGUGGCGACUAUCGAGGAUCCCUGCGACGGCGUUCUCUUUCACCUCAUGGCCUGGCUUCGUCGUCUCAUGCGCCGCGCGAAGGCAACGGCAAUGGAAGAUCCAGAGGACGGGGUCGUUUCUCAGAUGCGCCAGCGCGCCCUUUCAGAGACUCACCUAGGGAAUUCGAGCCCGCCAAUGACCGUACUUGGAAGCCCGCCGACUCUGCUCAGACCAGAGAUCGGGGCCCCCUCGCUUCCGCAAGGGACGGACGUACCCCGCAAGCCAGGGACACAUCGCCAGCGAGAGAGCCCUCUCCUCACUCCCGACCUCGUCAACAAGGUCCCACUUGCUCGUACCGACAUGAAGCAGCGCAGUGCAUGCCACGAGGCAGCUUGCCGUGUAUCGGAUGGCAGCGCAUUGCACAUCUGCGUGGUGCACGUCGCUUGCUUGAAGGAUGCAAGUCGUGCUGUGCGCCUGAAGAUAGCCCCCGCCGUGGGCCACACGCCCACGCCACCUUCCGGCUCCCUUACCUGUAUCGCUCGGCGCUUCCCUGGACCCUCUCCUGUAUCCGCGUGUACGUUCCGCCUCCUCAUCAUCUGCAUCCCAGACCGCUCGAUGGACAUUACGACAACGAUCGAAGUUGACGCGCCCGCCCCUCAAACGACGCGCAAACGCGACCGACCGAGUCGCUUUGACCGACCCGCCCCCCUUCCGCCUGCUGCAGAUGCAAGUGCGCAGCGCUCGCAGUCGGUCGAAGAGGUUCCUCCACCGCCCAAGAAGGACUCGGCGCCGUCGAUGUACCCGAACCGGAAGUUGCGUGCGCGGUCAGCCUCUCCGCCAGCGGACUCGGCUACCCAGUCUGAAUCAGAUUCACGUCCUCCGCCGCCAAAGCGUGCUCCGCUGCCGCCGCAACAUGCGCAAUUCACCAACCGCUCGUCAAGGCCUCAAUCACCGCCACCAGUGACAGUCGUCCCUGCAGAGCCCGAAGUCACGAAGGCACCGAGCCCGGAAGAGCGCCGCCCGAUGCGCCCUCCGCCUGCGCCGCGUCAAGACAGGGACCUUACUGACCGCGACGCCGACAAGUCUAUGGACUUGGACGAGUCUCCGGCGGCGCGCACGGGCGGCAUGUAUGCUGACCGCGAAGGAGCAAGUGAUCGCGAGGAUGCUCAGGACAGGAUGUUCAGGCCGAGAAACCGGGACGUCCCGCGUGGAGGACCCGCAGGUAAUCGCGGCCGAACGAGGGGACGAGGUGGUCCGCCGCAGAGGGCCAACGACUUGCCGCGAGGGCCGAGGGCGAUGGCUAACGGAGUACCCGACCAGGCGCCGUCGUCGACGCCCUUGAGGUCGCCUGACGGUCCUGGGGACUUGCCGGCUGUUGAAGAUGGUCCGAGGGGCUACGCGCCCUCAGGCAGAGGAGGGUACGACCGUCGACCGUCGCCAUCGCCCAUGAGGGUAGAUGACCCCCUGCCCUUGGCGCCCUUCAACGGAAGAGGCGAUAGGGGACGACCGCAGGAGCUGGGUCGUCGUCAACGUGGUGGGCGAGGGCGUGCUCCCAUUUCAGGGACGAACAGUACGCCGGUUGCUGCGCCAAGGCCGUUCGGUGCGGCAGCCGCUGUGGAACGUGAGCCGCCCCCUCAUCAGGAAGCGUUGAGGGCCGGGAAGGAAGUGUAUGAGCGCUCGCCCGAGUUCGUACCGAGGCAGUCUGAACCUAUGGCGAAUAACGCAUCAUACUCGGAACCUCGCAUAGUCUCGCCUGUAGACAGACGCGGUCGGGAUAAUGGAUGGACCCCGCGUGGGCAAACCCCUACGCGUACGGGCACGCGUUCUGUAACACCACCACCCGUCUCUCGCAAUCCGGCAUCCAACUUCAAGGGCUCCCCGCCUUUCGACAGGCGGGCCGACAGCGGACGAGGUCGCUAUCCAAUGGAGCGUGGCGCGUCGUAUCCUGACCGGCGCGGGCCCUACCCGCCAACUAGUGACCGACCAUUCGAAGCGCCAGACGACAGACCUAUGAUGGACGAUGGCCCCUUCGCCAACGACCGUCGCUUCGACAGCGGACCGGAGGACAAUGCCCCACGGUUUCCGGAGUUUGUUGAGGGCAAUGGGCCUCCGCAUGGGCGCGCGCGAGGCGGACGCGGUGGUCGUGGUCGCAAGAAUUGGCAGGACAACGCCCCGGUUAUGCAGCAUAGGGAGUUCGAAGAGCGCAGGGAGGACUUUGCAAGAGGUCCACCACCGCACGAUCUGUACCCGCCGCGCGCGCCAUCGCCACGGGGCGCACCUCUGCCCUUCUACGACGGCCCGGUCGAUGCUCGUCCUCCGCCUACUGGUCCUGCGUACAACGACCGCGGGCCGGACUUCUUCCCCGACGCCCCUCCUAUGCGCAACGGCCCCCCGAUGCGCGGCGGUAUGCGAGGGGGAGGCCCUAUGCGCCAUGGCCCGCCACCUCACAUGCGCCUCAAUGGCCCGACCGGGCCCAACGACGUGCCGCCUAUGCACGCCGGCCCCUCCCCGCGCGACUCACCGCCGCUGAUGCGCAACGGGUACGAGCGCCCUACGCUGCUCAGCCGGAUCUCGAACGCGGAGGACGUGCACCCUGUGCCCUUCGAGGGCGACCAGUUUGUGCACCAGGGAGGGUUUGUACCUCGCAAGGAUGGGCCCUCCGCCCCCUUCCAGGACCCGGCCUUCGUGCCCUACAAGCGCGCGCGUGAGGAAGGCGGGCCGGACGCGGUCGAGCGGUCGCCGAAGGCCAUGCGGGUGAUGGAGGAGGGAGCGAGGCCCGGUGGGGGUGGUGGGUUUACGCCGUCGUUUGAAGAGGGCGCGGGUGGGAAGCGACGGAGGGGCAGGUCGGGGAGGGGGAGGAACCGGAGGGGGCCUGGAGGUGGGGGCGGCGGAGGUGGUGGUGGUGGUGGUGUGUCGAUGAACUCGUGAGCUUCGGCUGAGCGAGCUCGUGAGCUUCGACUAAUAAGCGAGCUGGUGAGCGCGAUAUAGGGACGCGAAGGACACCAAGUGGAAAAUGAUCGAUGUUUGUUUUCUAGUUCACGUUCCGGUUUAGCACUCCUAGCAUGUUUGUCAUUAUCAUUGUUCUGUGUAUCUCAGUCUGCAAUUUUCUCAGCUUUCAUCGGAA